AGCUGCUCUGCCUGCCCCAGAGAUGGCUCUGUGCUGGGGGACAUCUGAACACAGGCUCUGCUGCCCUCAGCCUGUCUUCUGUGCCUCCCUUGUUCCUCAGACCUCCCUUCAGCCCCGACAGGGACCACUACCCUAACAGGUCCCAAGCUCACCUGCUGCACCCCCUUGGCUGGCCAUGACCAUCACCUACUCGAGCCAAGUGUCCAACGCCCGCUUGUGCUCCUUCUCGCGCCUGCUGCUGUGCUGGCGUGGCAGCAUCUACAAGCUGCUCUAUGGAGAAUUCCUCAUCUUCCUGGUUUGCUACUACAGCAUCCGCUUCAUUUAUAGGAACGCCCUUUCCGAGGACCAGCAGUUGAUGUUUGAGAAGCUGGCUCUCUAUUGCGACAGCUACAUCCAGCUCAUCCCCAUUUCCUUCGUGCUGGGCUUUUACGUGACGCUGGUCGUGACCCGCUGGUGGAGCCAGUAUGAGAACCUGCCGUGGCCCGACCGCCUCAUGAACCUGGUGUCGGGCAUCGUGGAGGGCACGGAUGAGCAAGGCCGGAUGAUGCGGCGCACGCUCAUGCGCUACGCCAACCUGGGCAACUUGCUUAUCUUGCGCAGCAUCAGCACCGCGGUCUACAAGCGCUUCCCAAGCUCGCAGCACCUGGUGCAAGCAGGCUUUAUGACUCCUGCUGAACAUAAGCACUUGGAGAAACUGAGUUUGCCACACAACACUUUCUGGGUGCCCUGGGUAUGGUUUGUCAAUCUGUCCAUGAAGGCUUGGAAUGGAGGGCGAAUCCGGGACCCUGUGCUUCUCCAGAGCCUGCUGAAUGAGAUGAACACCCUGCGAUCUCAGUGUGGACACUUGUACGCCUAUGACUGGAUCAGCAUCCCGCUGGUGUACACCCAGGUGGUGACCGUGGCAGUUUACAGCUUCUUCCUGGCUUGUCUGGUUGGGCGGCAGUUUCUGAACCCAGCCAAGGCCUACCCUGGCCACGAGAUGGACCUCUUUGUGCCUGUCUUCACGAUCCUGCAGUUCUUCUUCUAUGCUGGUUGGCUGAAGGUGGCAGAGCAACUCAUCAACCCCUUUGGAGAGGAUGAUGAUGACUUUGAGACCAACUGGAUCGUUGACCGCAGCUUGCAGGUGUCCAUGAUGGCUGUGGAUGAGAUGCACCGCGAUCUGCCCCCAAUGGAGCGGGACUUGUACUGGAAUGAGACAGAGCCACAGCCCCCCUACACAGCUGCUUCUGCCCAAUCUCGACGACCCUCCUACUUGGGCUCCACUUUCAACAUCAGUCUACAUAAGAAGGAGAUGGAGGUGCUGUCGGAACCAGAAGAAGAGGAGUCUCACCCUGGCGUCCUUGGCCGCUUUCUGGGGCUGUACUCCCCCGACCACCAGCCCCCCAGGACAAAUUCCAACACCAAGCUGCUGUGGCCCAGGAAAGAUGCCCCCCAGGAGGGCGAGCCCAAGGCUGGCCAGAGUGAUAGGGACCAGGAAGACACUAAGAGCUUCAAGUCCUCCAGCCAGUACGGGCAGCCUGGCUACCAUAGCGCCCCCCAGGCCCCCCAGAGCCAUAAGCCCAUGGUCUUCCCACCUGAAGAGCCAGCGCACACGAGUGUUCACAGGGUGUCCAGCAUCGACGGUGCCCUCAGGGACCAGCCCCAGCCGCCCAUGGCUUCUGGGGCCAGGGAGACCUUUGAGUUGCUGCCUCAGGGUGCCGAGGCCUCUGCAAGGAGGAAGACUGUGGAGUUCAACCUGAAGGACACGUCGGAGGCCCCCCUGUUCCAGCUCAGAGAAUCACAUUUGCAACAGCUGCCCAUCCUCGGAGAGCCUGGAGAUGCCUAUUGGGCCUUGGAAAACAGGGACGGAGCCCCUUCCUAGCCGGCCGCCCAAGGACGCUUCACGGGCCUGGUUCUACCUGUGUGUAUACCAGCGGGUCACUGAUCCAAUCACAGCCAUGGAGCUCCCACACUGAGAAGAACAUGUUGCUGCGGCAGCCUGAGUUAAUGGGUGCCGGCUGUCUCAGGACUGUUGACAUCUUUUCAGUGCCCUUUGCACAUAGAUAACGAAAGCUGGACAUAAACCACUGGAAAUGUGCCAUUUCAAUAAUGAAUUCGGAAUAAAAUCUUUCAGUCCUGUCUGGACUCAACACCCCCCAGUCUUGGUAUCACCCCAAACUAUAGAGUUAAUAAAUAUACUUCUUCCUAGGU